AUGCUCAUGAUAUUGGCAAUUCUGCCAGGCAGAAAGAAAUUGCAGCCAGGUUCUAAGGCCUGCUGCCUGCAGCUUCUACUGGAGCUGGUGAGGUCUGCAGUCGGCUCCUUGGGUGGUGUGCCCGUGCAAGGUGGUGUGUUGAACUUCGCUUGCUUUGACCCACACGGCCAUCCACAUGCAAUGAGUCUAGAGUUCAACGAAGCUGGAAUGACAACGGGAUUUCGUGAGCUGCCCGACAUUCACCGCAGAGCAUCUCAAACCUGGGUUCGCUUGACGGACUCUAGCAACCGGUGGCACAGCAUGAAUUUGACUUCCACUUUGGAGCUGUCUAGUUUGUGGGAUAUGCUUCUGUGGUGCACUUGGUCGAAGCACAAUCCUGCUGUGGGCCGGGUGUGGGAGGAUGUGGGCCAACAUCUUUGGCCGAAGCUGCUGUAUGUGUGUGGUUCACUGCUGCAACAAUUUGCUUUGAAGAUGGCCGAGCUUUCAGCGCAUCCCUUGCCACUCCUCAAGUCGGUGCACAACAACAUUCGCCGCAUACCGCGAGUCAACAAAUUACUCCUGCUCCAACGAGUCAAGAAACAGAAACGCCACCGGCAAGAGGUGAUGAGGAGCCAUACAGAUCUUACAAGCAGCCACGCAGCCCUUGUGACGCAGGAGAAGGCCAUCUCAGUGUGUCUCUACGUCAAGUCUCUCGUCGAAACAUUCCGUGAGUCCAAGCAGCUGAUGGUCUCGUGGGAUUGCUCCACGUACGACGUCGAGACGCUUGUGUGCUGCAUCUUUGACAGGCUUGUUGGCAAGGGUGGUUUUUUACCAGUGCAGAACAUGAGCCCCGUCCUCACUGCCGAACUUGAUUCCGAGAUCCAACAGCUCUGCAUAGCUGGAAAGGUCUUCGAAAGGCCAGUCGCAGUGCGACUUGACCCGCUCACAGCAGACGAGACCAGGAUCCACAAUGAGAAGACUGGAGAGUUUGUCAGGCAGCUCCCUGAUGGCUUCAACUUUCAGAAUAUGCCACUGCUGGUGUCGGUGGCCGACCAAGGCCCCAACAACCAACCGGCCAUGGACCUGGUCCAGUACAAGCUGGGGUUGAACAUCCUGUGCAUGCUGGAUGUAUUCCACCGUGCUUUUAACGACUUGAAAACAGCGAUGCGAGGGAGCAAGGGUCGCUUAUUUAGGACGAUGUUGGAAUUUUCGCUCUUCUUCAACGUCAAUUAUGGCCCAUCCGGGUCACGUGCCUGGAUGCAACGCAAGAUCCAGCAGACGAAGGAGUUCGCGAAGACGUACACUCCUCAUGAGAGUCCGUUUUUGGAUUAUCUUCCUCGCAUAUGCGAGGAGCGGCAGAUACCAGAGCCACAAGACGCUGAAGGCAGACAAUUGUUGUUCAACCAAAUGCUUGGAUUGAAGACAUUGACACAAUGCGGACCGGUUGUUAAGUUGAUGAGGUGGUUCAGCUUUUUUGAAUCUUACAAACAUUACGAGGGUGACUGUUGGAUUAACAAGAUGGUCAUGACGACUGGCUGCUCGCCCGACACCGCGGUUGACAAAAACAUCAUUGACGGGGACAUGGCCGCCGGGAAGCUUACUGACAAGGAAGAGCUCCGCCAACUCAAAAUGAAGUUGGGUGUCUACACACUUGCACCGCAGCUUAUCACCGUGGAGUCAAUGUGGAAGUGCAAGCUUUUGAUCGCUAUAGCCGGUCCCUGCUGGACUUUCUUUUCUCACAAAGCCAAAGAGGUGAAAACGCCACAACAGGUUCAACUGGAAUUUGCAACACGGUCGGCAGGCCAUGGAUGGGCAGAGGAAGUGGCUGAAUUGUUGGACAACGGCUUCAAUCGCAUUGAAAGCUUGUAUCAUGGACAGAGCUUCCCUUCCGACGGCAAUGAGGAUCAGUGCCUGGACAUGCACUACUCCUUUUUGACAGCUCUGCUAUGCAAGCGGGUGCAGAGCCUCAGUGCUUACUUCCUUUUGCCGCCGAUGAGGUAUGCUUGCUGCCUGCAUCCUACUCCCGAGACAAAGACGGGCAGCCAAGAGAAGAUGGCUCGCGAGUGGAAGUGGCUGCUCAAAGGGGAAGAACUGCAAGCCGCAGGACAAGAUGUGCCACCCCUUGAUCUCAUGCACUGGCGGAAACGCUCCGUGGUCAGGCUCCUCUUCUUGGCCCAAGAAAGGGAUGAGAAACUGGGAACGGCAGAGGCCUCGCACCUUCUGCAGACUUUCACGUGUCACGUCGGAGACACUAGAAUCGUUGAGAACUGCCACCAAAUCGCAAAAGACUCGCUUCGAGACGCUCGCCACAGCCAAAAGUCCAAGGUAGGGAAGAUGGAUUCGGUGAUCAACUCUGGAGUUUUCAAAGAGCGGGGAAUCCCGGCUGUGGAGGUCACCGAUGUCCAGAAAGCCGAUGCUCCCAAAGUGUUCCCGCAGGCUUUUGACAAGCUGACUCAUCCGAACACCCAUGUCCUCAAGCGAGAGUUUCAAAGUUUGAUGAAGCACAAGUCGAAGGCUCAUACCUGGCCAGCGACAACUCACAACAUGGAAUUUCAGCAGAUCGCCUCCACUGAAUGGUUCUUCCGCUGUAUGGAUGGCGGUGCUGUGCAUGACAUGGACAAGGCCUGGCAGUCUGCUUUGGCGGGAAGGCCAGGAGAUGUCCUGGCCUGCAGCAGCCAGUCUAAGUGCCUCUUGGUUCUGGCAACGGCUAGCCAUGCUUUUGUGGCUUGGGAUUUGCAGAUAGAUAGCUGCUCUGACGGUUUCUUCACGUUCAAGCCUGCAAGACAGUUUUCUCUCGCCUUCCAUUUCAUCACCGACAUGAACGACUGGAUUUGGAUGCCCGUUCGUCCACGACUUGCAGGGCCAAGAGGUCCUCUGGUGCUCCAGCAGACUGGCUCAGGCAUGAGCUUGCCCCUGGCAAGAAUUGCGGAGGGUUUGGACCUCACUGUGGCUUUGUGCCAGAAGCUGUUGUCGUUCCUAAACAUCCCAUACAAAAAAAACAUGAGCCGAGAGAACCUGGUCAACCUUCUCCUUGACCACUACCUCGUUAGCGACGAACAGAAAGCAGAUGCAAGAAAGAAGAUGGGUCUGGCUCUGCAGCCAGACGACAUUGACGACGCAGAUGGUGACGCCUCCGACUACGAAGAGCUUUUGGACAUGGUGCAGGACAAUGAAAACUUUGCGGAUCCAGAUCUCAAGCAGGAGAAGGAACGCUUGAGAGUCAAAAAGUGA